AUGGACGAAUUCCAGCGGCUAAAGGAUCAAAUCAACAUCCAUGGCCAUAAGCCGAUUCGGGGCGUCAAUUUGGGUGGCUGGUUGCUAGCUGAGUACUGGAUGACAAAAGAAUCACCAGCAUGGCGCGGCGUCCCAGAAAACAGAGCCGAGCAGGGCGAGUACCAAGCGAUGAAGUAUUUGGGGCAUGAAAAAGGUGACGCUCAAUUCGACGCCCACCGCCGCACCUUCAUCACUGAAACUGAUUUUGCUCAAAUUUCCGCAUACGGUCUGAACACCGUUAGAAUUCCGAUUGGCUACUGGAUACGAGAAGCAGGUGAUGGAGAGGAUAGAACUUGGGCGCCAGGUGGAAUCACCUAUCUGGAUCGUGCGAUUAGAGAAUGGGGCCCCAAGCAUAAACUUUUCGUGCUCAUCUCAAUUCACGCAGCUAGGGGAAGUCAAAAUGGAUGGGAUAGCAGCUCUCCGCAAGAAUUUUUAAAGACCAAUUGGGAUAAGCAUCAGGAAAACAUCGACGACACCGUAGCACUGGCCAACUGGCUAGCGUUACGCUAUAAUGACGACAUCUGCUUCUUAGGAAUCGGGCUGCUAAACGAACCGAACAAAGUGGAUCCUGAUAAAUUAACCAGAUACUAUCUGGAGGCUGGCGCUCGAAUACGUGAGCAUAGUGAUAUGUGUAUGAUUGGUGUUGCUCCACUGUUGAAUCAACAAGAGCCCGGCGGCACCGAGCAUUGGGAGAAAUUUAUGAAUUAUCCGAAAUGGGCGCGGAUUCGACAUGAAUGGCACAAGAGCAUGAUUUGGGGCUAUGAGAAUUAUGAUGCCGACGAGAUAAUAAAACUCGUCCAAACCGACGUCGCGCAACAUUUUGUAAAAUGGGAUAUUGACGGCGGGAAUUGGCUCCUUGUCAGCGAGUGGAGUCUGGCUGCCGCGGUUCCCAUGAAUGAGGAGCAGAUGCGAAGGUUUGCAAAGGCACAACUCGCCGCCUACAAAAAGGCGCGGGGCGGGUGGAUUUUCUGGACUUGGAAAUUCUAUGGUGAAGAUGAAGGUGGAACUAACCCUUGGAGCGCCAAGGAAAUGUUCAGAAACGGGUUUUUGCCAAGAAUUGAUCUUGAUUCGGAA